ACCUCGCCGCGAAGAUCAACGCGUGGCCUGGCUAUGUCCCGCACCUUCAAGAACACGCCAACGCAGCGAAACGCAAACAGGGUCACUUCGAGAAAUUUCGAUUCAAGCCUUUUUGGCGAAGUUGGGCGCAGAAUCCGAUUCAUCCUGCCUCUGUCCACCGAAUAAAGUUGAAGAUGACGACCCCUUUUAGCGUUUUCAUUUCUCAGUCCGUCGGGGGUGUUGUAGCUCUUGGAACAUCUUGGUCAGGUCUGACUGAGGGAGGAAACUGUGAAGAAGAAGAAGAAGAAGAAGAAGAAGAAGAAGAGUGAAAAGUGAAUGGCGAUAGAGUACAGAUGCUGCGGAGCAGGGUUCUGGGUGCACUUAGGGAUCAUUACUUUCCUAGUGACCUUCGCGGGUCUCAUGUCCGGGCUGACGUUGGGUCUCAUGUCAUUGAGCCUCGUCGAUCUUGAAGUCCUUGCCAAGUCUGGCACACCAACUGAUCGUAAAUAUGCCGAAAAGAUAUUGCCGGUUGUUAGAAGACAACAUUUGCUGCUGUGCACCCUACUAAUUUGCAAUGCUGCUGCUAUGGAGGCGCUGCCUAUCGUUCUUGAUAGUUUGGUAACAGCUUGGGGGGCUAUUCUUAUUUCAGUAACCUUGAUACUUUUGUUUGGUGAGAUUAUACCCCAAGCAGUAUGUUCGAGGUAUGGUCUGGCAGUUGGUGCAGCAGUGGCUCCUGUCGUCCGAGUUCUUGUCCUUAUAUGUUUUCCUGUUGCAUAUCCCAUAAGCAAGCUUUUAGAUUUCCUUCUGGGAGAAGGACACGAGGCUCUGUUUCGCCGUGCUGAGUUGAAAACACUAGUUGAUCUUCAUGGUAAUGAGGCAGGAAAGGGUGGCGAACUUACACGGGACGAGACAACUAUAAUCGCAGGAGCACUUGAACUCACUGAGAAAACUGCAAGCGAUGCGAUGACUCCUAUAUCUGAAACUUUUGCCGUAGAUAUUAAUGCCAAACUUGAUAGCGAUAUGCGCAAGAUGAUUUUGGAGAAAGGACACAGCAGAAUUCCAGUAUAUUAUGAGCAGCCAAGAAAUAUAAUUGGUCUUAUAUUGGUGAAGAAUUUACUCGCUAUUCACCCAGGAGAUGAUGUGUUAGUGAAGAAUGUCACCAUCCGAAAGAUCCCAAGGGUUCCCGAGUCAAUGCCUCUCUACGAUAUACUAAACGAGUUUCAGAAAGGGCAUAGUCAUAUGGCGGUUGUUGUGAGAGAGUGCAAUGAUAAGGAGCAUUCAGCAGCAGAUCACCAAAAUGAGGAGGUGAAGGUGGACAUUUUCGGCGAGCAAGAUUACCAAGGGAAGUGCCUAAAGAAAAAGAGAUCAAUCAAGAUGCUGAAGGAUUUACAUGGAGGAGAUGUUAAAGAACUACACAAAGCUGCCAGCAAGAGCAGGAAAUGGGCCAAGGACUUUCACUCUGACGUUCUCCAUUUCAGUGAGGAUUCACUUCCGAAGCUAGCCGAAGAAGGAGAAGCUAUCGGCAUCAUAACACUGGAAGAUGUCAUCGAAGAGAUAUUACAGGAGGAGAUUUAUGAUGAGACAGAUUACGUUGCAAAAAAUCACGAUCCUAAUUCUUCGUAGCUGUACUGUUGCGAAUCAAAUACACAGGUGAAUGUUAAUUGGUAGAAGCUGUGUUGAUCUACAAAAGCACGGUAUCAGAAGCUGAUAUGGUUGUUCAAUAAAAGUCUGGAUUUGAUAGGAGAUUAUGUUUGAUCUCGAACAAUGCUUUAUUCAUAUGCACACUGUGCAAAGAUAGUCUUUAAUGAGCAUAUCUUGUGAUAGUGUUAACUUUGAAAUGAUUCUGAGGCAGCAUCAUUCGAUUGCCAGAGAAUCUUGAUGUUCCAUGUAAAGAGCAUUGCCAUUCAAGUUCGUUCGCCUGGAUUACUUGUUAAUAGUUAUGACAACCGAUUUGGGAAAAAAAAUUAAGGGGUGAUGAACUUUUCUCUUAUUAUUCAAUACUAGUUUGGAACUUCUUUU